AUGCAAUUGCAUUUCAUCGCACUGGUGACGGUGCUUUUAUCCUUUUGCCUUGUGUCGGGAACCGAACGGCAAGGACAAGAUCCGUUCAACGAUGAAUUUCUGCGCAGUGUGCUUGCACGAGCGCGUAGCUGGAAACCAGACAUAAACUUUCAAUCAAACGUCCAUUUCCACACUUUCCGAUCGCUGAAAGGCAUCGGAGAUAGCAGAACCGGAUUCAAGGUACCGAUCAGACGGUAUGAAUAUGUGUACGACAUCGACAUUCCCGAAUCGUUUGAUGCGCGUAGCCACUGGCCAAACUGUGAUUCGCUGCGAGAGAUUCGCAACCAGGGUACGUGUGGUUCCUGUUGGGCCGUCGCUGCUGCCAGUGUUAUGUCCGACCGUGUCUGUAUCCAUUCGAACGGUACCAGUAACGUAGCGUUGGCCGCCGAAGAUCUUAUGGGCUGCUGUGCUGACUGUGGCAAUGGGUGCAACGGUGGCUUCUUGGACGGAACGAGCUUUCAGUACUGGGUGGACGCAGGGUUGGUAAGCGGUGGGGCGUACAACUCAACCGAGGGCUGCAAACCAUACCCAUUCAAACCGUGCGAAUAUCCUUUCAAUGAAUGUCACGUGGAAACUUCACCCAAGUGUACGCACCACUGCCGAGAUGGAGCUGAUCGGCACUAUUCGAAGGAUAAGUUCUUCGGCAAAGUGGCCUACAGUGUGACACGGGACGAGCGUGUCAUACGGUACGAAAUUAUGACCAACGGUCCAGUGGAGGCCGGUUUCGACGUGUACGAAGAUGUGCUGCUGUACAAGUCCGGAGUUUAUCGACACGUGUACGGUGAGAAGAUCGGCAAACAUGCGGUGCGCAUCAUCGGAUGGGGCAGAGAGGGUGGACUUCCUUACUGGCUGAUCGCAAACUCGUACGGCGAAGAUUGGGGAGAUCACGGAUAUUUCAAGUUUGUGCGCGGAUCCAAUCACUUGGGCAUCGAGUCGAAGAUCAUAGCCGGUCUGCCAAAAAUAUGA